AUGCCUCUCGGAUUAAAGCCAGUUUGCAUCUCUUGUAAAACUACGACGUCAAAUUUGUGGAAAAAGAAUCCACAGGGAGAAAUUCUUUGCCUUUCAUGUAAUAAUAAAACUGGCAAUGGCGGGAAUGGAACUGGAAAUGGAUCGAAUAAUGGUAGUAAUGGCAAUGGACGUAAUAAUGGCUCAUCAUCAAAUCAAAAUGCUGUGAGAAAGAGCUCCAGAAUCAAACCAUCUAAGCACCGAUUUGCUGGCUCCCACAAACCUCUGUCUUCGAAGGGGAAAGGAAGGAGAAUAAUUUUCAAGAAAACAACACGGUGGAGGCGUAUUUUAUGCCCAACUUCGAGGAUUCUUCAAGAUCAAUAUAAUGAAAAGAGUGCUGUAAUAACCUGGUUAUUACCAACACAAUCCAGCCCUUCAGAUAGGUUUGACCCAUCUACUUAUAUUCUGGGACCAGAGGAAGAUCUUCCAAGAAAACUUGAAUUUAUGGAAUUUGUGUGUCAUGCACCUUCAGACUAUUUUAGAGCUAAAAAUGCUCCAUAUCCCACGAACAAUACAAAACCAGAACUAUGUUAUAUUUUAACUUCUUUGGAAAAUUCUAUUAUUAAACCAACACCUACCAUCAGUGAAAUGUUCGGAUCAGAAGAAACGGUUAAGAAGAAAACAGCUAAAGAGAAGAGAAUGGAAAAGUCUUUGUGA